AUGUCAGAAUCCGGUGAGUCGGUUGAUCAUGAAGUCGAGGUACGCGUGCCUGAGUCGGUAACAUUUGAUGAUGGUGGUCAAGGUGACACAUAUGAUGAACGUCAGAAGUCAAGCAAUGAUGAAAGAUUUUCUCCAAAAAGAAACGAAGACAAUCAUGGACCACCACCAAGCACCUAUAGUGGUUUUUCUGGUAGACCUGCCCCUCAGCUAUUUUCAAGCCCUAUCCAACCUGUGAACUACAUGACGAAGCCAGAGUCCUAUGAUAGAACUGUAAGCUGGGACGAAUUCUUUGACGCCCUUAUUAACAAGUUUAGUCAGUGGGUCGGAAAUUCCAGACACCAGAACAAAUGGUUAGCUAAGCUUGAAUCACGCAGACGACAACAGGGUGAGAGUGCUGCUGCUGUAGGUGAUGACAUCCGACAAUAUGAAGCCAUCCUUGAUGAAAACUAUGACAAAAAGAAACAACAUGCUAGAGCUGUCAAAGCAAAUGACGAGGAAUUCAAUGUUCCACAAGCUGUGCCAGUGACCAGUGAGUUAGCAUCUUUUACUGCGCCUAGAAACAACUCUCCUGAUUCAUCUUCACUUAUUCAAGAAAUCAGCAACAGAUUGGACCGCCUGGAAAUAGCUAACAAGAAGCUUUCCCCUCAACUCUAUGUUCCACAUGCAGUUGACUUGUUGGUGGUUGACAUGGAUCUUCCUUCUAUACUCGGACAAGACUUCCUCUUGCAGUAUUGUCAUCACAUUAACUACAAAACAAAAACACUUCAGGCUGAGAAGACAAUUGUCCAAUGCUGGAUUGCCAAUGAUCAAACAGCUACAAAUGUAGAGAACAAGAAAACAGUUUCCAUACUUGCAAAUUGUGGUAUCUGGGUUCCAGUAGCUCUGACAAGAAAUGGUGACCUCACCAAUAUAGGCUACCUAGAGCAACUUAACACCUUCAGUGAUGACAUACAAGUACUGGAUGGUUUGAUAGAUACCCAGUCUCAUCAGAUACAUAGAGUCUUAGUUCUUAAGGUUACCAAGAAAACUACAACUCCUGAAAUAGAUUUGCCAGAACAUCUCCUUGACAUGUUUGAAAGAAGUUCGAAAAAUCUAGACCAAGAACAGAAAGAUGCUUUCUUCAAACUACUCCUAAAGCACAAAGACGUAUUCUCUAAGACACCAGAUGAUCUUGGCUGCACUGGUAUAAUAAAACACAAGAUAGAUACAGAAAAUGAGAAGCCUGUGAGACAACCCCUAAGGAGACAGCCUAUAGCAAAAAGAGAUAUUAAAAGAAGAGAAGUACACAACAAGUUAGAGAAAGGUGUAAUUGAACCAUCCACCAGUGCCUGGGCAUCAAAUCUAGUUUUAGUAGCUAAGCAAAUUGGAGCUACUAGAGCAUGUGUUGACUAUAGACAGUUGAAUGCGAAAACUGUGAAAGAUGCCUAUCCAUUGCCCCGUAUAGAUGAAUGCCUUGAUGCUCUGUCUGGUCUCAAAUAG